AUGGAUCAAGACGCGUCUUCAGGACCUACGGAUCCGCAGGCGACUGCCUCGCAGGCGUCUGACGCUCCGCAAGAAACACAGCAAACAGCCUCGCUCGAUCAGAUUCAGACCAUGCUGAAAGCCAAGGAUGACACGUCGAGAUUCGUAGGAUUGGCACUUCUCAGAAGCGUGCUUGACAACUCCGAAGGACUCAGGAAUGACGCAGAGACGGUCUCCGUCCUCUGGGCGUGCGUCCCCCCCAAAUUCCUCGACAGGCUCGUGAAGACAGGCUCGUCCGCUCAGUCGGCUCAGGCAGCAGACGCCAGAAACAUGUUGGACCUGGCCGUCUCAGUCAUACACACAUUCACAUCAUUACUGCCUGACCAGGCAAAGAGAGACAAGAGGCUUGUCGGGAGGCUGCCCCUUCUUGUGUCAGGCUUGCUACGGAGUUCUGGCGAGACAUCUCGGCUGAUUGUGCAGACCAUUCUUGCACUUGUCGUCUUCCCAGAAGGCGCUCGGGUAUUUUCAGAAAUUGAGGAUGUAAGCCCACUGGUUGAGAUUGCACCGAGUGACCCGGUGGCUCUUGAAAUCUUUGCUUUCGCGUACAUCAACUGCAUGGACCUUGCCGAGGACAGAGUCGUCUUGAGCAAGAAAAUCGACAGCACUAUCCAGGCCCUAGUCUCAUCCUUCAAGGGAACAGAUGGAGUCACCCUGCUUGAAUUCCUCGGCAACUUUCUCCGAAAUUCCGACGCAAAGGCGCUCCCGUCGAAUCCAACAUGGAUCGAGACUAUCAUCAACUUCAUCAAGACGUUGCUCACAAGCAGACCUACGCCCGAGGCUAGGAACGCGUACACCAUCGCGGCAGCCUCUUUGCUCGAGGUCUAUCACGAGGAUGCGGCAAAGCUUCUCUUCACCAGCGACGUCAAAGACGACAAGCCUUUCUCCUACCUACUCAUCACCCUGCUCCUGACUGACACGAGAGUGACCUUGCCACGACUGCUAGAACUUCUGAAUGACCCAACCUACCCAUCCGUCGCCCAGCGUAUUGGCUCGGCGUUCGACGUCACUACACACUUUGUCGGCUACUUAGUGAGAAGCCUUGACGACGAUCAGUCGCCAGAUGCGAUGAUCAUGCCCCCAGACUACCUGCUGAAGCUCCGAAGGACUAUCUCGGAAGCCAUGUCGUUGGCCAUCGAGUUUCUUCGAGACAGGUGGGACGCGUCAGUGGCGGGCACGUUCGGCUUGCACCCCGACGCACGCACCAAAGAGACAGAUACAUCCGCCGGGAAGAGGCUCACGAUUUCUUGGGAGUCCAAGAAGGAUAACGUCCACGAAGAUCCCCUCAUCCUGGCAGCUGUGAGGGCCUUGGCCAUCUGGCUUCGCGAGGACGACAACGAGCUUCUGCGGAAAGAAGCCGCGGGACUCACAGACAUGCUGGUCGACCUGUUCAAGUCCAGCUCUCCCUCUGGACUAGACUUCCGGUCACCCGUCCUGGUUGGUCUGGAGGGAAUUCUCGUCGAGAAGGCAGGACUCGAGGAGUUUUCCACCCACGGUGGCUGGCAGGCCCUCACGGCCGACUUGAUAGCCAUCCUGCAGCAUACGUCGACAUUAGGCGAUGAAAUCGAGGCAGCCCGUGGGAUCGAGAUUGUGCGUGUUCUUCUGCCGAUCGUGGAGGGCGAGGAUGGCGGUGCGAGGGUGGACUGGAUGGCCUAUAUCACUGCUGUCGCCGCCUGGGACGUUCCGGAGGCCGAACAGCCUCUUCUCGUCCAGGAGGCCCAGAUUGCUGCCCUCCAACUGGCAACAGCUCUGCUCGUGAGUGCUCAUGGGGGCAUGAGGAAGCGGUACGUACACUCUACGAGCGCCAUUCUCGGCAUAGCUGCGCGGUUACAGAGACAUGUGGGCACCGGCCACCCGUUGAAGGAGUCCUUGGACGACGUCCUAGAAACCCUAGAUAGAUUCCGUUAG